GGAGAAGCGGAAGUAGAGACAAAAACAACAGGAGCAGCAGGGGCUGCGUUUCUCCGGCAAGAAGGGCGAGUUCGCGACCUUACGCUCACUUGUCUGCCCUCACAAAGUCCCACCUGGCUGUGGACGCGCGACACACUGCUCCCUGUUCAAAUCAUCUGCAAAAAUGUCGCUGCUUCAAAAGUUAUUCGGUAGCGGGGGUAAGGGUGGGAAACAGCCGACACCCCAGGAGGCUAUCCAGCGGCUGAGAGAGACGGAGGAGAUGUUAUCCAAAAAACAGGACUUUUUAGAGAAGAAGAUCGAGCAGGAGCUCUUAACGGCGAAGAAAAAUGGCACGAAAAACAAACGAGCCGCCCUGCUCGCCCUGAAGAGGAAGAAACGCUACGAGAAGCAGCUGGCUCAGAUCGACGGCACGCUGUCCACCAUCGAGUUCCAGCGAGACGCCUUGGAGAACGCCAACACCAACACCGAAGUGCUGAAGAACAUGGGCUUUGCGGCCGACGCCAUGAAGGCCGCUCACGGACACAUGGACAUCAACAAAGUGGACGAUCUGAUGGCCGACAUCACAGAACAGCAGGAAAUCGCUCAGGAGAUCUCCGACGUUAUUUCAAGACCGGUCGGCUUCGGGGAAGACUACGACGAGGAUGAACUCAUGGCCGAGCUGGAGGAGCUGGAGCAGGAAGAGCUGGACAAGAACCUCCUGGAAAUCGAGGGGACAGAAGACGUUCCUCUGCCCAGCGUGCCGUCCACGUCGCUCCCGUCCAGACCAGCCAAAAAGCAGGAGGAGGAAGACGACGAGAUGGCGGACCUGGAGGCCUGGGCGGCUAACUGAGCUAGCUCGCCACGCUUACCCGGCUGGCGCCCCUUUUCCUGUGUUUCUCUCUGUUACCGAUCUGGACCCGGACACCGACGUGAAGAGACCGGGAGACUCUGGGCUGCCGGCCUGCUCCUCCGUCUGCAAGCUCUCAUCCCAGUAUCUAACCACACUCCGACCCUGAAGUAUGCACUCCAGGCCUUUUCUCCUCAGAUCACCGUUACACAGCCAAGAAUCUCUGAGCUUCCAGGUGGCAUUUGAAGGGAAAACGCCACGACGGCCUGCGGUUCACUCGGUCAUAUCGGAGUGCAUACUUGCAGAGGAGGGUGUGUGUAGGGACAGGACGAGGCUUGCAUCUGGGAGGAUCGUGAAGAAGCAAGUGACAAAAGCAUACGAGACUCUGCCAUUUUUCUGCUUCCUGUGUCGUCGUCGCUCUGCUCUGUUGACAAAGAUGACGACGAACCACCUCAUAAAUGUCUGCAGACGGAUGAAUAUAUACAUACAUAUACUAUAUCUGUAAGUGCAGGACUUUCAUCAUUGAGACGUCACUGUCAGAUUUGAAACAUGGAUGGUUUGAAAAUUGAAAGUUCUGCUCCAAAUCAAGACAAAGUGCUGCUCUCUUGCCAGUUUGUAUCACCUUCUCACCCCUGUUGUGUUGAGGAAUCGAACCCAUAGAUGAUAAAUCACUCCCUUUAGCUGUCGACUGAGCUGAUUGGAUUCGACUGUGAAUUACCUCAUGACCGUCGUCGGUGCUGUGAGAACGAGCUUCAACCUGUCCCAGGCAGAGUUCAGCAAAGUCACUCAACUUUCUCUCCCCUUAAAGCUGCACUCCAACCGCUAAAAGACGCCUUUAAAGAAAUUGAUCCUGCUGCUUUACCCAUUAAAAGCGUCACUGUAGUGCCACGUGUUUCGCACUUUUCCUGGAGUUACUGGAUUGUGGUUCUUCUUUACAUUUAGCUCGUGUCACUGCAGUGAGAACUGGAGGCUGAAACCCAUGAUUUCCUGGUAAAUUGAAUGUAAUUUGUGGUGCUUACAUUGAGAUGUUACGGUACAGUUUGAUACAAAUCUCAAUGUUGAGGUACAAAAAUUUCAAAGUCUCCAGAUUCAACAUUAGAAGUGUGUAUUCGACUGCUCCCUUUCACACACUCACUGUCCAGACAGAACCCGAAGCACCACUGAGGUGAGGACGUCUGGUUGUAGCUUAAUUGAUCUUUUCGAUGAUCAGAUUCGUAAACCCCCCCCCCCGGUUUAAACCCAUAAAAUGUUGAACACCGUAAUGCCUCCAUCCUCCUCUGCAUCUGAAACGUCUCGUGCCUGACACCUCCAGCGCCUUCCCCGUCUGUGGUUCAACAGUGACGAGAAUGUGAGAAAAUCCUGCUUGUUUGAAUUUGAAGAUCGUGUGUGUGUGCGUGUGUGCGUGUGUGUGAAAUGCACAGAAACCUCAGUCAACCUCCCGACGGUGAGCUUUGGCUCACUUGUAGUGCUGCAACGACUUUCACACGGAGCGUGAGGCGUGUUCUCUUCACGUUGGUCUUCCUGAAACGGAGGAAAUGGCAGGAAGCUUCCGCCCACUGCCUCACUUUUUAUAGCAGCGGCUUCAGCUCGGUCCUGUCAGCAGGACCACAGACCGGGGCCUCAAACUCACCCUGAAUCACUCCUGACAUCACCUUAUGUUCAUUUUCCUGUAUGUUUCUUUCCCUUCGCGCUCGCCGCACAGAAACACCCUGCGAGCCGGAACCACAGAGAGGUUUGCUCAAGGUUCUCUUGUCUGUGUGCGACUGUAUGCAGAUGAUGUGAAUAAAGCUGAAAUUCAAUCAGA